GACCGCAACAUCAUUCCGCGCCCGACGUCGCCACGGUCGAUGCGCUGGAAGGCGUCGUCGUUCGUUCCGGCCAUUGGCUAUGAACUGAGCAGCUUUUUUCAUGCGAGCGCAACCCACUGGAACGGACUAGAGCUCGUGGGGUAUCUCGGAGGUCUCUCGUUUGCCGCGGCGACGUCGCUGCUUUUGUAUCAAGUGCUCCACCCCGAGACCAACCAGAAGACCAAAUAACGCAAAUCGAACGGGAUUUGCUUGGUGGGAGAUCCAAGAAGGGCGUUCAAUGGACGGUGCGCAUAAGGCAAAAGACGAUGUCUGCACAAGAAACAUCAAGUGCCAUUGGGAAAUAUCAAUCAUUGUUUAGGA